UAGUAAAAUAUCAUUCCGCUGCGAUAGAUUCUUUUAUGUCCUCGGGAAAAUGUGAAGAUUAAAUAGAAUUUUAAAAAAUUCGCGUACGUAAACUAUUCUAUGUGAUAAUGGUGCGAAAGUAUAUUUUUAUAUUUCUACAUGACAACAAGGAAGCGAUUACUCUAAACAAUAUUCUACAAUAAUCCGUGAAAUGUCGUAGUUAUAAGACGGUGUUGUGUUUUGUUGAGGUGGUAACGAUGGCUACUUCUCCGACUAGUAUAGAGACGCAAAUAGACAGCUUCUUGGAACAGUUCAAGAGGAGCGCUUCUAAGGCCAUGGAGGAGCGGAUGGAGUGGCCUGAUGGUCCGUCUCCAGCUAUCGUCAGGUCCAGGAGUAGCUGUUUUACAUUAGAUUCUUCAACCAGCGAGGCUGAGUGCGAUGGAUGCGGCAGUGAUGAAGAAGGCCGUACUGUGGGCGAGCUGCUGUUGCCGCAGUACGCUCUGGCGACGGGCGGGCUGGCUCGUGAUCACAGACCUCUCAUCACAUUCCCCGACAACAACAACUUCCACGUCGUGACAGCCUCCGAGUACAGGAGAUUGCUUCUCUACCUUACUUCCGUACCUUCAUUGCUGGAAGCAGAAAUGGGCUUCCACAUUAUAAUAGAUCGGAGGAAAGACAGAUGGAAUUCAGUCAAAGCAGUGCUAUUACGAAUAUCAGAGUUCUUCCCGGGCAUUAUACACACGGUUUUCGUUCUGCGUCCCGCCAGCUUCCUUCAGAAAGCCCUGUCAGAAGUCAGCAGCAAACUGUUCAAGGAGGAGUUCCGCUUCCGAGUGAUAGUCUGUUCAAGUGUCGAAGAGUUGUACGAGCACUUCGACAGGUCGCAACUCACGCCGGACCUCGGAGGGGAGCUCCAAUACUCGCAUGCAGAAUGGAUACAACAGCGAAUCGCUCUGGAGAAAUUUUCCACACUGAUGAAGGAGAUAUCAACUAAGCUGGACGAAUUUAUGCACGAAAUAGUCGACUGCGACAUGGGCAACGAUCCAACACAAACCAAAGAAUUAUUAGACUGUCAAGAAUCUAGGUAUAAGUCUCUGAAGGCUGAACUGUCAUCAGCGACCUCUGAGGGCGAGGAGUUGUUGUCUUCGAUGCGAACACCUCACCUCACUUACAACAUCAUUAGCCACGUGGCCGCUGUCGAGAGAUUAAUUGUGCAGUUAGACGAGACCGAGAAACAGUUCGACAGCUUCUGGGAGAAGCAUUCGAUGAAAUUAAACCACUGGCUAAAAUUCAGAACAUUCUUGUUAAACUUCAAACAGAUGCAGGCUGCUUUAGAUGGACAUUUAAAGACCGCUUGUGACAUGACCGAAGUUGGGGAAACUGCAAACAGGGUCCAAACUCUUCUCCAGGAAGCUAUCGAGUUUGAAAAACAAUGUAACAAUGAUCUCGACGCUGCUUCACUCGUUAUUGACGAAGGUGAGGUUUUAAUGAAGGAUCCUCUGAGUUCUGUCGAUCACAUAGAAUCAAAGUGUGAGGAGUUGAGACGAACCAGCUCGUUGCUCAUAGAAAAAAUUCAAAAACGAAAUAUGCUAUUGACCAAAGCUAGAGAAGUUAUGGAUAGAAUUGAUAAGGCUAAUGAUUGGUGCGCGACGGGAGUAGAGAUCCUCGCCGGCGAAGGAGGUUUGAUAGCCGUUGACAAAUCACUAGAAGAUGCCAAAAGUUUUGGAUUGACGUCACCAGAACAGUUCCGGGACAUGCUGAUGCAGUCCGCCACCCCAGAGACAAGAGCUCUGGUUACUCAGGUGUGUCAGCGUGUGGAGGACGUGUGGCUGAUGGUGUCCGUGAAGCGAGCGUCGCUAGUGAGGGCCUCCAGCAGACCAGCCAGGCCUGUACACGCGGUGCCACCACACAGCGCCGCGCCCGCACCCACCCUCAACACGCAGAUGGAGACAUCAGGAGGUUCAGAGAGCUCUGGUGGCGAGGAUGCGGACGCGCGACGGUCACGACGAGGUCAUGUGCUGGCUGAAUUACUGCAGACUGAACGAGUCUACGUUCAGGAACUAGGCUCAAUACUCAGUGGUUAUAAGGAAGAGAUUGAGAAGCCAGAAAACCAGCACAUGCUACCCACAGCUUUAGUUGGACAAGCCGACGUACUGUUCGGAAACCUCCACGAGCUGUUCACGUUCCAUCAGGAUGUAUUCUUGAAGGAUUUGGAGCGUUCCAUAUCCGCCACGGAACUCGUCGCGCUUUGUUUUGUUGAAAAAAGGGAGACCUUUUUCCGACUGUACAGCUAUUACUGCCAGAACAUCCCUCGUUCAGAGCGUCUGCGCGAGACCUUAGUGGACACACACUUGUUCCUUCAAGCCUGUCAACAACGUCUCGGGCACAAGCUGCCUCUCGCAGCAUACCUCCUCAAACCAGUACAAAGAAUAACCAAAUACCAGCUACUGCUUAAGGACCUCCUCCGGUACAGCGAGUGCGGCUCCAUGAGUGCGGGGCUGCAGCAGGCGCUAGACUGUAUGCUAGUGGUCUUGAAGUGUGUGAACGAUUCCAUGCAUCAGAUAGCAAUCACCGGUGUACCUGUGGACCUCAAUCAACAAGGCGAAUUACUACUCCAAGGGUCGUUCCUGGUGUCUUCAGAGAACAAACGUGAUCUCCGGCUCCGGAUACGGCCGAGACGGCGACAUAUUUUCCUCUACGAGAAGGCAAUGCUCUUCUGCAAACCUGGUACCAAGAAUAGCCACAACAAAGCCACCUACCACUUCAAACAUGACCUCCAGAUGUCACAAAUUGGUCUGACCGAGUCUGUGAAGGGAGAUCCUCGUAAGUUUGAAGUGUGGCGUCAGGGACGGUCCGAGGUGCACACGAUCACGGCGCCCACGACGGACGUGAAGCGCUCGUGGGUGGAGCGGAUCAAACGUGUGCUGCUCGACCAGCUGCACGAGCUGAAGGGAGAGCGAGUCAGACAGUACGCGGCGCAUCAUCACCGGACGUUAAUCCAAACAAGCUCGUGGGAGACGGGCGGGUCCGCGGCGGUCGCUCGCGGUCCCCACGAGGAGCCGUGCUGGUCCACAGACCCCUCGGACGACGACGACGAAGACACUGACCACGCACCGGCGGUGGGGUGCUCGCUGGUGGCGUUGUCGGACUACACGGCGGUGGGCGCCAGUGAGGUGUCCCUGCGUGAGGGACAGCAUGCCGACCUGCUCAAGGUGGGCUGCGCCGGCUGGUGGUAUGUUCGGUUGGCAGGCGGCCAAGGCGAGGGCUGGGCUCCGGCCGCUUACCUGGAUCAACGCAAGACAUCACGUUCGUCCAGCCGCUCGCACGACCGCCUUCACGACUGAACGUCACAUGCGGCUGACAGAUGUCACAUUGGCAUACGUCACUCUGAUACACAACACGCUGACACACGUCGCCCGGACAUUCCCGUAUUCCAGUUUUUUAAAGACAACAUGCUUGAAAAGUGUCUCGUGAAAAAGCUUAGAGCUCGAUCGAUGUAGCAUGAUUCGUUCGUAUCCGCGCUAGUUGUGCAUUUAGGAGUUAUCGAGUUUACAUAGAGGCGUAAUAAUUUCAGUUUUAGAUUAUCACGGAUUUAUUGUUUAUCUGUGUUACGGUUGGGUACUUAAAGUACUUCUUCUCGGUUGUGUUUUGAUGUUUAUUUCCUUUUUUACCAUCUGUUCACUCGUUAAUAGUCUCGGUAACGACUGAUGUCUUAUAUGGAUGUUCAGCGCCAGUCGAAAUGUUUUUAAUGUUGGUGUAUGAUGUAAAGGUUCUAAAAAGCUUUAUUGUAAAUUAGUUUAGAUGUAGCUUGUUAUUGUUGAAUCCAAAGCUAUGUAUAGUGGCGUGAGGUCGCCGGACGCGGCUCGCAUCUCUUGUAAAUAUCAUUUCUAUUUUAGUUAUUUAUUUUAAUGGACACCCAUGAUGUCGUAUGUCGCAUAACGUUUUACCCAUGACAUUUUUUUUUUGUGUGAUAGACGUGUAAAAUACGCAAACGAUUAUAAAAAACAAUCAAAUUAUCGAAACUUUCCAAAAAGUAUCAACUUUUAGUUGCAAAAAUCAUAUAAUAAUUAACAAUUUCACUUCCAUAAUAAUAAAAUUCAAUUCAUUCUAUUUUAACUUAUAAUCAACAUAUAGAUAAAAAAUAUUUGCGUCAAUAUCUAAGAGACUAAUGUCAUUGUCAAUGUCAAUCAAUUCUUAUUUCGGAGAUGGAAAAAAUAUUUAAAUAAUGACCAAUUUAUAAAUUGUAUAAUCUACAUUAAUUUCAGAGAUAGUAAUUAAAUAUAUACAUAUAUACUAAAAAGGCAUGUCUCGCUUCUAUGUAUAUUUAAGUACUAGUCGUGAUUUUUGUACCAUGUAUUGUGUCUAUUAUGUUGUGGUGUUCUUGUGCUGUCCCAUUAUAUCAUGUCACUGCAUAUCAUUUGUAAACAGAUCGAAGAACGAAAACAAACAAUGUACCUGUCUGAAGCUUCCCGGCUCGAAUCAUUCAAUGGUUUUAAUAAAAUCAUAUUGUAUCAUACAGCUGAUAGCAAAUUAUAAGCAUAUGUCCAUUC